CGCUUGGUGUGAGGAGGCAGGAUGUGCAUCCGGGUCGUGGCUUUGCCUAUUGUCUGGGUUACAGGACUCGCCUGGGGACGCUGAAGGCGCUCUUUUUAUCCUUCACUGAGGUUGUUGACUGGAAGGGGAGCGAAGCGCCCUGCCGGGCUUAGGCUACCAUCCAUGUGCUCGGGAGAGGCCGCUCGGCCCCAGCGAUGGAUCGAAGCUCGAAGAGGAGGCAGGUGAAACCUCUUGCAGCUUCCCUGCUAGAAGCUUUAGAUUAUGACAGUUCAGAUGACAGUGACUUUAAGGUUGGAGAUGCCUCAGAUUCUGAAGGCAGUGGACAUGGCAGUGAAGAUGGAUCAAAGGAUAGCGGAGAAGGAUCCUGUAGUGAAUCAGAGGAAAAUGUCUUGGAGGAAGACCUGGCAGAAGGAGCAAAACUAGAAGAAGAACAACCUAAAAGCUCAGGUGGAGAAGAGCUGCCAAUAACAGAGAAGGAGGUGAUUAAAACUGAAAAAGACGAGGAUGAUGAGUGCGGAGAAGAAGAAGACAAACCGAGAAAGAAAAAAGAGAAAGAGAGGGAAAGACCUGCUGAAUCAGAUGCCGGCCUUGACGAGCAGACAAAUGAACCCAAAAAGUGGAACUUGCGAAGAAACCGCCCUCUUUUAGAUUUUGUAUCCAUGGAAGAGCUAAAUGACAUAGACGAUUAUGACAGUGAGGACGACAAUGACUGGCGGCCGACUGCUGGAAAGAAGAAAGGGAAAAACACGCUGCGGAAAGAGGGAAGUGAUGGUGAUAAUGAGGAUGAUGAAGAUGAUGGGAGUGGAAGCGACGAGGAUGACAAUGAAGAGGAAGGCAAUGAGGAGGAGGAGGAAGAAGAGGAGAACAGCAGUGCCUCUAGUGAUGGUGGAUCCAAGAAGAAAAAAGCGAAAGCUCUUAGCAGGAAUAGUGCUGAUGAUGAGGAGCUGACAAAUGAUAGCCUGGCCCUUUCACAAAGCAAGAGCAAUGAGGACUCGCUGAUUCUUGAGAAGUCUCAAAACUGGACCUCCCAGAAAAUGGACCAUAUUAUGAUUUGCUGUGUUUGUCUUGGGGACAAUAGUGAAGAUGCUGAUGAAAUAAUCCAGUGUGACAAUUGUGGGAUAACAGUGCAUGAAGGUUGUUACGGUGUUGAUGGUGAAAGUGAUUCAAUUAUGAGUUCUGCUUCAGAAAACUCUACUGAACCAUGGUUCUGUGAUGCUUGUAAAUGUGGCGUAUCUCCAAGCUGUGAACUCUGUCCCAACCAAGAUGGAAUCUUCAAGGAGACAGAUGCUGGCAGGUGGGUCCACAUAGUUUGUGCCCUCUAUGUUCCAGGAGUAGCAUUUGGAGAUAUUGACAAGCUGAGACCUGUAACACUUACAGAAAUGAACUAUUCCAAAUAUGGAGCAAAGGAAUGCAGUUUCUGUGAAGAUCCUCGUUUUGCCAGGACUGGUGUUUGCAUUAGUUGUGAUGCUGGGAUGUGCAGAGCUUAUUUCCAUGUGACUUGCGCUCAGAGAGAAGGCUUGUUGUCUGAAGCAGCUGCAGAGGAGGAUAUUGCCGAUCCUUUUUUCGCUUAUUGUAAGCAACAUGCAGACCGAAUGGACAGGAAGUGGAAGCGCAAGAACUACUUGGCUUUACAAUCAUAUUGCAAAAUGUCUUUGCAAGAGAGAGAAAAACAGCUUUCUCCAGAAGCUCAGGCCCGAAUUAAUGCCAGACUACAACAAUAUCGUGCCAAGGCGGAAUUAGCGCGUACCACAAGACCUCAGGCAUGGGUUCCAAGGGAGAAACUGCCGCGGCCACUCACCAGUAGUGCUUCAGCAAUUCGUAAACUGAUGCGAAAGGCUGAAUUAAUGGGAAUCAGUACAGAUAUUUUUCCAGUGGAUACCUCAGAUACCAGUUCCAGCGUGGAUGGAAGACGAAAACACAAACAGCCAGCUCUAACAGCUGAUUUUGUGAACUAUUACCUUGAGCGAAACAUGCGUAUGAUCCAGAUCCAAGAGAACAUGGCAGAACAAAAGAAGAUUAAGGAUAAGCUAGAGAAUGAGCAAGAAAAACUUCAUGUGGAAUACAACAAGCUGUGUGAAUCCUUAGAAGAACUUCAGAAUAUGAAUGCAAAACUACGGAACGAAGGACAAGGAAUGUGGGCUGUGCUCGGUAGAAUUAUUGGGCAGAAACUGAAUAUCCCAUCAAUUCUGCGGGCACCUAAAGAGAGAAAGCCAAGUAAAAAAGAAGGUGGAACCCAGAAGACUACAACCCUUCCAGCAGUCCUUUAUAGUUGCGGAAUUUGCAAGAAGAACCAUGAUCAACAUCUCCUUUUGCUGUGUGAUACUUGUAAACUACAUUAUCAUCUUGGAUGUCUGGAUCCACCACUUUCAAGGAUGCCAAGGAAGACCAAAAACAGUUACUGGCAGUGUUCAGAGUGUGACCAAGCAGGUAGCAGUGACAUGGAAACAGACAUUGCCAUGGAAACUUUGCCAGAUGGUACUAAGCGAUCAAGGAGACAGAUCAAGGAGCCGGUGAAAUUUGUUCCACAGGAUGUACCGCCAGAACCAAAGAAGAUUCCUGUCAGAAACACGAGAACUAGAGGACGAAAACGAAGCUUCUUUCCAGAUGACGAAAAGACAGAGGAACACAUUCCUAGAGAAAGAAGACAAAGGCAGUCUAUAGUACAAAAGAAACCAAAAUCUGAGGAUUUAAGAACUGAAUGUGCUACAUGCAAGGGGACUGGAGACAAUGAAAAUCUAGUCAGGUGUGACGAGUGCAGGCUCUGCUAUCAUUUUGGCUGUUUGGACCCUCCCUUGAAAAAGUCGCCCAAACAAACUGGCUAUGGAUGGAUUUGUCAAGAGUGCGAUUCUACAUCCUCUAAAGGAGAAGUGGAUGGAAUGAAAAACAAGUAUCAGGAUUCCGAACCGCCAAAUGAGGUGGUCUCAGAGGCCCCACCUAAUGUUGUACCCUCUACCUCAAGAAGUAGUUCUGAACAUCUGGUAUCGGUGGCACAGAAACAUCCAGAAGAGGAGGAUGAAAACGAAGUGGCUGCACAAAAUUCAUCUCCUUAACCAAACAUGGAACAGAGAAAUGUGAAAAACUAGAAAUUACCAUUCUUUCAAAUAUAUUUUCAAGUAGUAUUACAGUGAUUAAUGAGUCUUAUUGUAAAAAUAAAAAACAUGGUCAAUAAAAAUUGGAAAUCAAAAUGUAAGUUGCUUUGGGAAAUUGUUUAAUUGGGUCUCAGUGACAUUUGUGAUUAUAUGAAAACAUACACUUUCAGCACUCAAGAGGCAAACGAUUUCGUGUAUGAAAGCUUUCAGAUUAUGGGCAGAAGGGAUAUUCUGUCCUCAUUUCUGCUAGUUUUUGCUAUACAAAGUUGUUGAAUUUCUUAAUUGUAUAAUUUUAAUGUGAUAUCCUGAAAGGCCAAACAGAAAUUGUCCCAUCUUCUGUAGUGUUGAUAUAUGGUUGGUGAUUGGCUUUUAUGCUUUUGAGUUUGAUUCAGUAUAUACACAAGGAUUAUAGGUCCAAUUACAAUGCUGUAAUACCUUUUAAUUGGGAGAGCUAGAUCCAACUCCAGUAGUACCUUAGAGAUCAAUAAGAUUUUUGGGGUAUAAGCUUUGAUUCUCAAAAGCUUAUACCCCCAAAAAACUUGAUGUGCUCUAAGGUGCUACUGAGCUCAAAUCUAAUUAUUCUGCUACAGACCAACAUGGCUAUUAUUUGAAACUAUUUAUUGGGACCAGCCAAAAUAUCAAAUGGCAGUGAGCAAGCUUUUGAAUUACACAGAACCCUUCAUCAGGCUGGUGAACCUAUGGCACUCCAGAUAUUCAUGGACUACAAUUCCCAUCAGCCCCUGCCAGCAUGGCCAAACAAACGAAAAAUGGGAGAGGUUUAGCCAGUUUAGCCAAAUUUUAGCCUUUCAUUGAUAGGACACAGUUUAGCUUUUCAUUGAUAGAACUCACAAUAAUGGGUUUGAAUUACGGACAGAAAGGUUCUGACUAAAUAUUAGGAAAAGCAUUUUACAGUAUUGGGCGACAGUGGAAUCAGCUACUUAGGGAGGUGGUGCGCUCCCCCUCUCUGGCAAUCUUUAAGCAGUGGCUGGACAGACACUUGUCUGGAAUGCUUUAGAGCAUUGAGCAGGGAUUGGAUUAGAUGGCCUGUGAGCCCCUUCUAUAAUCUUGAGUCCUGUUUGGCACUAAGCAAUAUCCAAUUCAAUUAAGUCUGCAACACAUCCUGCGUUCCAUGUUAAGACCUACUAACUGCAGAUCUGGAGGCUUCAUCAUACCUUUUUUAAAAACUAAAACCCUUCCCAGUGUACAGUCCUGGAGAAUUCUAAAGCUUGCUAUUUUGUGACAUCUAAAGUGCAAUUAUGGGGAGGGGAGUAGAAGCCAGGGACAGCACAGCUUAGGACACCGGUGCAGUGUCUCCUAACAGGUCUUGCUUCACCACAGCCAGAAAGAUGACAGUGAUACUCUUUGUGGAAUUUUGCCCUUUUCAAAUCCUCCCCUUAUAUUUGACCCAGAAUGUAUUUGUCCUCUUAUUUUGCAAAUGUCUCAUUUGAUCUACUACUUAUCGAAGGGAUGCCCAUAUUCAAAUGUAAAAUUAAUAUGGAUUGUCCACACAGCAAGCUGUAGUACUCUUAACACAAACAGAACUCUUUCAUCUGUGUAGAAGAAUCAGUCAUGAUGAGAGCCUUUGUCUUUUUUCAUUGAAUCCUGGGAUGAGCCAUUGGGUGCCAGAUAAGUGAAGCCACAGAACUUCUAGAGCAAUUGUCAUCAGUUGUCUAGGCUUUGAAGAAUCAGUUUUAGAUGAUUGGGAAGAAAUGGAUGACUCCCUUCAAAUAGCAACAAUGUGGAUUUACCUGUUCCUUUGUGGAAUGGUUUUACAGAUGCAUGGUACACUAAUCUUUGUUUUGAAUGUUUAUUCAGCUUCAAAUCUAAUUUGCCUUUCCACUUUGAAAUAAACAUGGCCUGUUGCUCAGAGUCUGAA